GCAGGUGACCCCUUCAUGUAUUUUCAGCAUCGCUUUCUACUUUCAAAUCAGGGCUUUAAUCUGAGGUUCAAGAUUAGCCUACUACUCAAAAAAAACCCUCUGCAUCAGAGAACAAGAUGUGGCCUGCACUCAUUCAGACACAUACUGAGACUGGUUAUUGUGUCCUUUCUGGGCCUGGAGAACAUUGUACUAGUAUGCACACAGGGUGUAAUCUCUCCUUGACAUGUUAGAACUUGCAUCCUGCCUUCUAUGGUUGUGAGGGUUGUGUAAGAGGCUCACAAAGUCAUCUGCUCUGUGAUCUUACAGAUUUCAUUGGCUUUGUGAUGUUUAACUACGUUAAAAAAGUGAGUGAAGAGGUGAAGGUCUCUGUGAGUGCAAUUAGCCAAAAUUAGGUAAUAUACAGCCAGUGUGAUUUUGCUCUGCUCGUGAAGCACUUUCUGAUUUUGGUUUUAGCAGGGUUCUUGUGGUACCAGAAUUUCAAUCUUUGAUAGGAUUCUUUUUAGUAAAUUCAAAAUACUUGUGCCCUACUGAAAGGAUAAGCACUCAGUGAAGAAAUCCUUGAACUUAGUAAUACCCUCCAUAUUUUCUUCCUCAAGUCAACUGUACAGACAGAUGGGCAGCAAAAGCCCGCGCUUCACUAGGAUUGUCAAGUCAGAACUCCCCUUGUUUCUAAAAAUUAUGUGAUAUUGAUACCUGCGUCUAUACUUUAUCUAAUAAAAAAAUGAAAACUGGGCACCAUAUAUUGGGUCAUAUCUUAUUUUUAAUCACAAAAAUUGCAGACCAGUUACUGAAUCUGUCUAAAGGCCGUCUCAGACUAUACGAUUGUUUUUGUCUUGUGACAGCACGAUAUCAGACUAUGCAACAAAAAUGUUAUCCAGUCUUGGCCGGCAGACUGGCCACUCAACAAGUGUGAUCCCGACCAUUCAUCAUGUGCUGAUGUCACUGCUUUCUCCACACUGUGUGCAAGUUCAUAGGUCAUCAGGGAGGCGGGUCAAAGAGUAUCAAUCAUAGCUACAACAGAAGUGCUGUAUGUGAUGCUAGCAGUCUUUUGCUCUGUAAUGAAAACAAACAAACAAACAAACCAAGAAGCAAUUAUGGACUUGUCCUGAUGUAUCAAGAGGAGGUCAUUAUGGACUGGCUAUCUGUCAAAUAGAACUUGAGAUGCCAGGUAUCAGUGAUCAGUCUUAUGAACUACUCAGCCCUGCAGAACCAACAUUGGUCAACCUCGACAAAUGAUCCUACGAUUGGCACGCCUGAUGCUACAGUUGAAAAAUAUCAUCAGCUGUGAGGCCUUCUAUAGAGAGGAACUAUCAAUGUGGACUACAGCUGCUGAUUUGACAAGUCACAUAUAGGAGCCCCUGCGUCUCUCCUGUCCCCUCUCCCCCUCCCUUCCCUCUGUCCCCCCCUUCCCCCUUCCCUUGUCAAUCUUUUCCCUUAUCCCCCCUCUCCCCCCUCCUCCAAGAUUCACCAUGCUCAUCAAGGAGUACCGCAUCCCCAUGCCUAUGAGUGUGGAGGAGUACCGCAUCGCCCAGCUCUAUAUGAUCCAGAAAAAGAGCCGAGAGGAGAGCUGUGGAGAAGGCAGUGGCGUGGAGAUCUUAGAGAACAAGCCCUACACAGAUGGACCGGGUGGGACGGGCCAGUACACCCACAAGGUCUACCACAUUGGCAUGCACAUUCCCAGCUGGUUCCGCUCCAUCCUGCCCAAAGCAGCGCUCAGGGUUGAAGAGGAGUCGUGGGCCUACCCUUACACCCGCACCAGAUACACCUGUCCCUUUGUGGAAAAGUUCUCCAUAGACAUUGAGACGUACUACAAACCUGACACAGGCAACCAGCCAGAUGUCUUCAACCUCUCCGCAGCUGAUAAAAGGCAGAGGACAAUCGACCCGAUUGACAUCGUGACAGACCCCAUUCCCCCACACGAGUACAAAGCGGAGGAGGACACUCGGCUCUACAAGUCAGCGAAGACUCAGAGGGGUCCUCUGCAGGAUGACUGGAUAGAAGAGUACAACAACAACCCAGAGAAGACCCCCAUCAUGUGUGCCUACAAACUGUGCAAGGUGGAGUUUCGCUACUGGGGCAUGCAGUCCAAGAUUGAACGCUUCAUCCAUGACGUGGGGCUGAGAAAGGUGAUGGUGCGUGCCCACCGGCAGGCCUGGUGCUGGCAGGACGAGUGGUAUGGUCUCACCAUGGAGGACAUCCGGCGGCUGGAGCUGGAGACCCAGUUGGCCCUGGCCACGAAGAUGGCCCAGUUCUGUCAGGUUGAGGAGGCCACGGAGGCCAACGGAGGAGCUCCGUCUCCGGACAAAGAACAGGAAGCUAAAGAGGUCAUAAGCUCCAUCGAGACGGAGGAUGCCGUCAUCGUCAGUUCACCAGGAGAGACGCUGCAGCCACGAGGUGUGCUCACCAAGCAAUGGUCAACUUCAUCCCGAUCCUCCCGCUCAUCCAAGAGAGGAGUGAGCCCGUCACGUCACAGCAUCUCCGAGUGGAGGAUGCAGAGCAUCGCUCGAGACUCAGACGACAGCUCUGACGAGGAGUUCUUCGACGCUCACGAGGAUUUCUCAGACAGCGAGGAUGUCCUCCCGAAGGAAAUCGCCAAGUGGAACUCCAACGACCUCAUGGACAAGAUUGAAGCAGCAGACACAGAGGAAACUCCCGGUGAGCUGUUCAAAGAAAUGACAGUGGAUUAUGAACGAGCUGCCAGUGAGGAAAGACUGGAUGAGGAGAGCUCAUCCCAGCAGUGCCUGCAGCCCUCGAAGAUCCACGUGCUGAUCCUGGUUCUGCACGGGGGGAACAUCCUGGAUACGGGCGGAGGCGACCAGAACAGCAAGCAGGCCGACGUCAACACCAUUAGCACAGCUUUCGACACAGUCAUGCGUGUUCACUACCCCGCUGCACUGGGACGCAUCGCCAUCCGCUUGGUGCCGUGCCCUGCCAUCUGUGCUGAGGCCUUCUCCCUGGUGUCCAACCUGAGCCCUUACAGCUAUGAUGAGGGUUGCCUCUCCAACAGUCAGGACCACAUCCCCCUGGCAGCUCUCCCCCUCCUUGCCACCUCUGCCCCACAGUACCAGGAAGCUAUUGCAACCGUCAUUGUCAGGGCCAACCAGGUGUUUGCAGACUUCAUAAAGUCUCUGGACGGGGCAGCUUUCUCUGGCCAGGUUUGCCUCAUUGGAGACUGUGUGGGAGGAAUCUUAGGGUUUGAUGCUCUGUGCAGCAGCAAUCAGCCCGUUAAUGAGAGUCAGAACAGCAGCCGCAGAGGCAGUGUGGUGAGUGUACAGGACCAGGACCUCCUCUCUCCUGGCAUCAUUGUCAACAGCGGCCACGGUUCAUCCUCUCCCACCCUGGAGGGUAGCCGUCACCUCAGUCGCAGUAACAUUGACAUUCCUCGUGCUGGAGCAACCGACGACACAAAGAGACAACUCCCACGAAAGAGAAGUGACUCCUCCACCUAUGAAGUGGACACAAUCAAACAGCACCAGGCCUUCCUAACCAGCUUGCACUCCAGUGUGUUGAGGAAUGACGUAGCCUCACGCAGGUCGAGCAGCAGCACCAUGCUGGACGGUUGCUCCCUUGGGAAGUUUGACUUUGAGGUGUCCGACUUCUUCCUGUUUGGCUCUCCGCUGGGAUUAGUGCUUGCCCUGAGAAAGACUGUCAUUCCAAUGCUGGAUGUGGCUCAGUUGCGGCCUGCCUGUCAGCAGGUUUAUAACCUGUUCCACCCGGCCGAUCCCUCUGCCUCCCGCCUUGAGCCUCUGCUGGAGAGGAAAUUUCACCUCCUGCCCCCGUUCAAUGUGCCACGAUACCAACGGUUUCCCCUGGGAGACGGAAACUCCGCCCUACUGGUGGAGACAGUCCAGAGCAACGCUCAGCUGCUGCUUGACAGCGGGCCCCCCCUGUCCUUUCGCUGUCAGGAGACCAUCAGUGAGACCUGCAUCCCCGUGCCAGUGCUAAACUGGCAGGAGGGCUCGCUCAGAGUGGAGUCGGAUGUUGUUCAGUCUCAUGGUGGUGUCUUCAUGGACAGUUCGUACCCCUCAUCCCCCGUAACGGGCCCCCUCUCCCGGGGCCAGCGGAGGGCCAGUGAGGUCAGCAUUGCCAGCCAGGUCUCAGGAAUGGCAGACAGUUACACUGCCACCAACAUAGCUAACACCAAAUCAGACCAAAUUACCCAAACCAAAAAGUUUGGCCUUUUAUCCCAGCUCGCUCUCUCAUCCCAGAGAGGAUUCUCACUGAAAAGUCCUCCUAAGUCCCGUAAAAAAGCUGUCGCCAGCCAGGCUGCAGUACCGCCUGAAGCCGAUAUAGAGGCAGAGCUGGAGGGUGAGAUCAGUGAGAGUUUAAGUCCCAUCGCUCAGUACGAGAACUGCCUGUCAGCUGGCCUGGACUGUGCUAUAUCUGAUCUGGUCUCACUGGACUCGCAGGCGGAAGUGGAUCAAGUUGCAGCACGAUGGUGGGGCACAAAGCGGCUGGACUUUGCCCUGUACUGUCCCGACGCUCUGACAGCUUUCCCCACAGUGGCUUUACCACAUCUCUUCCACGCUUCCUACUGGGAGUCCACAGAUGUUGUGUCUUUUCUGCUGAGACAGGUCAUGAGACAUGAAAACUCUAGCAUCCUGGAGCUCGACGGAAAAGAAGUUUCUGAAUUCACCCCAUCUAAACCUCGAGAGAAAUGGCUCCGCAAGAGGACGCACGUGAAAAUUAGGAACGUGACAGCCAACCACCGUGUCAAUGACGCUGUGUUCACAGAAGACUCCCAGCAGGUGGUGACGGGACGCUUCAUGUACGGCCCUCUGGACAUGGUCACCCUGGCUGGAGAGAAGGUUGAUCUCCACAUCAUGACCCAGCCUCCAUCAGGAGAGUGGGUCUACUUCAACACAGAGGUGACCAACAGCAGUGGACGUGUGUCUUUUGUCAUUCCAGAUGACAAACGUCUGGGCAUCGGAGUUUAUCCAGUCAAAAUGGUGGUCAGGGGUGACCACACGUUUGCUGACAGCUACCUAACGGUUAUUCCACGUGGCACAGAGUUUGUGGUGUUCAGCAUUGACGGGUCGUUUGCCGCCAGUGUGUCAAUCAUGGGCAGUGACCCCAAAGUGAGAGCAGGAGCCGUAGACGUUGUCAGACACUGGCAGGAUUUGGGCUAUUUGAUCAUUUAUGUGACCGGGCGACCAGACAUGCAGAAACAGCGCGUGGUGGCGUGGCUGUCUCAGCACAACUUCCCUCAUGGCAUUGUCUCAUUCUGUGAUGGCCUGGUCCACGACCCGCUCCGACACAAAGCCAACUUCCUCAAGAGCCUCACCGAGGCUCACAUGAGGAUAUUUGCCGGUUACGGAUCAACCAAAGACAUCUCUGUCUACACCUCCAUCGGCCUCCCUGCCUCCCAAAUUUACAUCGUUGGUCGACCCUCCAAAAAGAUGCAGCACCAGUGCCAGUUCAUCACAGAGGGAUAUGCGGCUCAUCUGUCCCAGCUGGAGUACAACCACCGCUCUCGGCCGGCGAAGUCCAGCAGCGCACGCAUGGUGUUACGUAAAGGCAGCUUCGGCCUGGGCGCCAACAGCGACUUCCUUAGGAAGAGGAACCACCUGCUGCGCACCAUUUCCUCCCAGCCGGCGCCCAGCUCCCCGACAGGCAGCAUCCACAACAAACCAGAACGCACGCAGAGCCAAUCAGACGGCGAUCGGCUGGAGCGACUGGAGAGCAUUCACAGCCACAGCCAGGGGGCAACGCAGCGCAGCAUGAGCAUCACUGCCAGCUGCUGGGGCCGCAGCAGCAGCACCAAGCUAGAGCCAGGUGUUCUUAGCCCCAAAUGAGUUCAGGGAGAUGCCACACUGCUGCGGAAGAGACUCUGGGAAAAGAUGAAUGCAAAGAGUGACAAAUAUGUGGCCUGCACCUGAUGAAGGGUAAAUACCAGGAUGAAAACACGAGGUGCUACAAACCACUCUUCAUAAACUAAUGCUGGUCACACUCCACACUGAUAUUUAUGAACAGUCGUUAUGGCUUUAUUUAUAAAACACACAAAGAUGCAAAUGGCAUUUAAAGGAGCUUCUUCCUGAAGCAGGAACCUGCACAAACAGAGAGUAAACAGUGGGAAUCAGGACUGUUGCUACUGUUUAGUAAACAUUUAUCAGACUUGAAUACAAGGCCAGUUUUCCUCCUUUAGAUCAGAGAUGGUUAAAUGUCCAGGCGCCCCCAGUCUGUAUCAGGUCUGAUCCCCCACUGUCACAGACUGCUGUGUCUACUGCAAGCACAAUGAUUACUACAGAGGUUGGUGCAAAGUGUUUUUAAAUCUCUGUCCUUUUUAUGAGACGAUCAGAUAUUUUAACGUCUGUGAGUAGAGCUGAGGAGCAGCGAGUAAAACUGGACCGAGUGUCUCAUCAUGAGAAACUAAAUCUGAUCUCUGCUGGGGUCUUUUUAAAGAAUUCAUCAUUUAUGAACAUUAAAAGCAAAAUAUUGGUGUUGUGGUUGUUUUCGAUAGCCUGAUCAUUUUGAUACCACAAUAUACCGGUGCAAUCUCAGUUAUUUUAAUGAUAAACAGAAUCAAAAAGUAACAAACAUUUUUUUCCUAGGAUUUAUUUUUUUUACUUUUCAUGCUUUAUAGUGAAGAAUAGGGGAUAGAGUCAGAAACAGGGACAAGAGGCUGGGGGAAAGUAGUCACAGGGUGAAGCUGAACCCGGCAAUCUGCAUACAUGGGGUACGACUUAAUCACAACAUCAUCUGUGCCCUGAAAAGGUAAUGAGCAUUUGAACAUAUAAUUUUAUUCAUGGGACAGGGGUGUAUUAGAGGGUUAAAUAUGUCAUAAAUCGUAAAAAACCUUCGUAAAUAAACUGUACAAAAACAUGGGUGACGUUUUAGUAAGGAAACAUCACACCUCAGUCAGGAUAGACAAUGAAGAGAGAUAAAUUGAUGGGUGAUGACCCUGAAGACUGGGCAAUGAUGGGGAGAAAGAGGGGCAUGCAUAACUGCGGUGACUGUAAUGAACCUAAAGGCUAGAGAGAAUCCUCUUUAAAAAGAAAGCAGGAAGAUUAUGACUAAUGGUCAGGCACAACUCUAUUGGAAUGGGUAAGACCAGCUCCUUUAUUUCAUCCCUGUUUUUUGCAGAUGAGGCUGGUCUGUUGGAUCCAGUAUGCACUGGGGAUGUUUGCAGCUAAGUGCAAAGUGGCUUGAACAAGGGGUCAAGACCUUCAAGUUUAAAGCAGUGGCUCUCAUCUCGAACUAUGACUUCCUCUCUCUCCCAAUGGGGAUAGACUCUUUGCCCUAAGGGAGGGAGCUAGAGUAUCCAGGGGUCUUUCUCAAGAGUAGAGUAGAAUCAGAUUGUGGGCAAUCAUCGUUCCAAUCCUCACACAUGGCCAUGAGCUGACUGAGUGAAUUAGAUCACAUAUGCAAGCAGUCAAAUUGAAUUUCCUCAUGAGGGUGUCUGGAGUCAGCUUUAGAGAGAGAGAGUUAGGACCUUGGACAAGAAGCUAGCAAACAUCUAAAGAAGCCAGUUGAGGAGGCUUUGGCUUAUUCAAAAGACAGAGGGAAGCAGAAGUCAACUUUGGUAAGCAACAAUAAAGGGUUAUUUAUGCUCUAUGUACUUAAGAAAAUGGAUCUAUGUGGCCUCAUAUUUACAUACAUCUGUUACAUUGGAGUAUACAUUGAAAAAUGUUCCCACUAGAAGUCACUGUCUCCCACAGAGCUUCACAACUCCUUUGUUGCUGCUACAUACGUCCCAUGGACUAUAGAGAGAAUGGUUCAUCCUCUACCCAGUCAGUCAGGAUGCCUCCUGAUCAUCCCCCUGUGGAGGUCUUCCAGGCACGUCCAACUUUGAAGAGACCUCGGGGUGGACUCAGGACUCACUGGAAGGAUUAUUUAUUGUAUUUAUUUUAAAACGCUUUGAAAUCCCUCAGGAGGAGCUGGGAAAUGUUGCUGGGUAGAGGAGUGUCACGAUUGUCUGCCAGGCCUGCUGCCACCGUGACGCGGCCUUGGAUGAACAGAAAAUUAAUGUAAGGAUGGAGGCAGAUAGAUGAUUGCUGAAGGGUUCUGAGCCUGGUACCCAUUUAGAAAAACUAUCAAUAACUGUAAAUUCAAAUACAGUCCUUCUGACUGAACUUUAGCUAGAGCUUCAUGAGUUUACCUGUAAUUUCUCUGUAAUUUGAAACAGUAGAUAAGCCGAAAUUAGAUGAGUAGGGGCUCUUUUUUGCGGAUGUGGUAUCUAAACAGGCAUCAAUACUGAUUGAUUUUUACUUAACGCAUAUCAAUGUUUAAAAAUCUGGUAUCAUGUCAUGCCAAUUCAAAUGAUUUUACUUCUCCUAUACUUGCAGUCUGUACAGCAGUGACUAAAAUCAUGUUUCAGUGAUCCAUUCAGUCCAGUUUUGCUUGUUUUCUCGUCGUCCCUCAGGCCAAAGAAUUCUCCCUGAAACAGAUAAAUUUCCCUUUAACUUUGGUUGCAGAGGAAACUUUUCUUUGGUUUUAAAGUGAUUCACUGAUAAUGUGUUUCUGCACUUUAACGAAUGAGAAAGACUCAGCUAAAGGGAAAACUGUAUGGUUAAUGUGCCAAAGUAAAAAGUACAGAGUGAUACGCUGUACAUGAGAGGAGAUAAAAGGGUCUUGGCUCUCCUGUGUAUAAAUGAAUACAUAGUGUAAGUAUGUAUUUGACUGCCUUAAUGAGGCGUGUACAUAGAUGUUCUUCUACAGUGCAGAUCUGGUAUCUGGUCCACUGAAGACCAGCUUCAAGUGUCUUCUUUCCUCCGGGGUAAACACCGCCUCAUUCAGGAUUAUUCAUAGACGAUGAUAAUUAUUGUUAUUUAAGACCAUAGAUAUUUUAAAAUGUAUGGAUUUUGUGAACAAAAUGUGUUUUAAAAUUACUUUUAGGUGUUUUUUUUUUCUUUAAACUUCAGUUGCAGCAGCCAAACGUCGCAGAGCUCUUUGCCUUGCACAGUAUUGUAUUUUUAUUCUUUAUUUCUCGCAGAUCACCAGAGUUGUAUGAACAGAACUGCUAUCUUGUGACACAUAUAGUAUGUUUGUUAUUAUCUAUUUUGGAAAUUUGGGGUCUAUUGCUUCUCUCUGAUUAUCCCCAUGCUGUAAAUGAGGCGUUGAAUGUGCUCAUAGAUAAUCCUUCUUAGGUUAAGAUCUAUUUUCUCUGUUCUGCUGCUUCUUUAGAUGAAGAUUAAUCUGCAAAAUGUAAAUUCUGUAUGAUAUGCUGUCAGCGGUAGGAACGCAGAGCUGAGAUUUACUUUAUGCUGUUUGACACUCUUCAGUAAAGGGUAAUGGGUUAUUUAUUCCUUUUAAUGAUGACUAUUUGUCCCUCAAUAAGGCAUGGACAGAGCUGAGUGCAAUGGACCAAUCUGGGCCUAAAUAAAGGGGAAACGUGCAAUAUUAUUUAUAAAAAAUCACCACAUAAAACAGGCUGUCACAGCAUUGACAAUCAGAUCAACAGGCGCAUAUUAUUCAGUCGACAACCUGCAGAGGGAGCUGAACACAGACGAACCUUCAGUGAAAAUAAUGGCAAAAAAGUCAAGUGUCCCCAUAUGUAAGCCCUCAGCCCUAAUUAUCCAGUAAUUUCUCAUGUAUACAGUGGUAAUUGCCUGUAGUAAGUUGGCAUUUUACUAAGUAAUAAAUCAGAAAUAUGGUAAUAUCAAGAAAGUUUUUACAUGGUAACAAUGUACAAAUUCUGAAGUAAUUCCUUGUUAUAUUUUGGCAAUUAGGUGAUAUUUUACCCUAACCCUUACCCUGACUCUCAUUAUAUUGUUUCAAUUCUCUGAAAAGUAAUUCUUAGAAAAAAGACGAUAAUAUUCUUUAUAAGUUGUUUGAUAAUUCCAAGGUGAUUUCUUUAUUUUUUCCCACUAAAUUAAAGUAAGUCCCACCUGAAUAAUUUUCAAGUAGGGUUAGGGGGUUAAGGUAAAAUACCACCUACCAGAGAAUUGCCACAAUAUUACAAGGAAUUAAUUGACAAUUAUUACAUUAUUACUAGGUAAAUAUUUCCUUAAUAUUACCAUAUUUUGGAGUUAUUCUUGGUAAAAUGCCAACUUAUUACUAGGUAAUUAGGACCCACUAAAACGAAGUUCUACCAGAUUUUGUCCAUCGCUUUAUAUCAGUGACUUUCCCAGUGAAGGUCUGGUUUCACACUUUAUUCAGUCCCUCUGCAUUUUGUCUGUUUCACAGAUCGGGCUUUAAAGCCACACGAACGACUUCCUCAGAGGCUGCUGAUAGUACACUGAUAAAGAAGGGACAGAUGAUGCAGGGAAAACCCCAAAGUUUUAUCUUCUGACCCCUAAUCCCCUCCUCAGAGAAAUAAUCACCUGGACGUUAAAGUCCAGAGAAUGUAAAAACGAAGUGGUGCGGUUAUCACAGUGGCUUCGAUCGAUUACCCACCCACACAUUACCAGAGGCCUUACAUUCCCCUUCUCUGCCUUACAUCGGUCAUUGUGUUGAAAAUGAACGCUGCUCACUCCCCGAUUCUGAAGAGAGAGACUGUGUGUGGAAACAGGAGACGGCCAUAUUUUCUUAAAGGCUUUGGUUUGUUUUGACUGUAAUGGAAAUCAAUUUUCACAAUUAUUAGGCAAUCCUUUGCUGGCUCUAGCUCUAGCUCUGUUCCCCGGGUCAAUGCAACGCCACAACUGUUAAAGCAACAGUUAGCUUUCUGUUUACUGUACAUAUAUAAACCACAGACAUGGUAAAUAUUUUCAUGUACAGGGUGUGAAUCUUGUAGGUUUUGGAUAACUUCAUUUUAUCCAUUCCUUUGUGUUUUUAUGUACAGUGUAUAAAGAAUAC